CACCGACGAUUACCAUACGAACCACAAGUCCAGUGAAGUUUUGACUGGUGUAAUAAUAAUAAAAAAAAUUGUGUUAACUCUGUCUUCGCCACAGUAAAGGCUGACGGCCAUGGAUUGGUGGAAAUUGUUGGCUCUUCUUGUAGCUGUCGCUUCCGUACAAACUCAGGCAGAUGGGCCCAAGAAGAAAAUUCGCAUACAUCUUCCGCAAACGGUGAAGCAUAUACAUCACCACAAGAAGAUAUACAUAACAAAUCACCCUGCGUCAUCACAGUAUGCGCCGGCGUUUAUGCCAAACGCAGAGGGUGCGGUUGCUGUGCCCACCAACAUUGCGUUGCCAACUGUGGCCAACAUCGUGCCGUUCAACUCAGUAGACAUACUCGAAGACUCAGUGAGAACACCAGGUCUGACUGCAUCCGCUUCCAAGCUUAUACCACUUUAUCAUGCCCGCGGUUACUAUGGACCCACACACACAGAAAUAGACGAACAAGAAUUCGAUUUAGCAUCUAUCCCAGAACCUGGUGAUAGCUAUGUUUUUCCUUCACCUAUAAUAGCAUCCCCACAAGAUUCAAAUCAUCAUUCAUCGAAGCGAAUCAAGGUAGUAAAGGUCAGCGAACCGCCGCGGAAAAAAAUAAUCAGAAAAGCCAAGCCCAAAAGAAUACCAGUUCGUAAGCCAGUUACUACGGUACAGCAAGAAAAUGAACUUCCCGUGUCAACUUUCCAUGAACAGUUUUAUUCGGACGUGCAAGAUGCAGGUACUAUCAGAAAAUUUAAAAAACCACAGCGUUUUGAGAAAAUCGUAGAUGGCAAUACCGAGCAUAUUCAUACUUACAGCGAAGAACACAUACACAAAGUGGUUUUCGAUGAAGAACCAAAAUAUACUGGCAUUGUUGGCUUAGAAUCGAUAAGUGGCAUCCCUGCUUACACCCAUCCAUUACUUCCCCUGAAACAAAGUCAAAUACUUGCUAUGCCUUCGGAUCCCUAUAGAACUGUAGCCAUACCAGGUUCUAUGGGAACGCCAGCUCAAUAUGAAUAUGCCGCAUAUAACCCUCGCGAAGUCACACAUGACCACUUUUUUCACGACCACGGUGAGAUACCUGAGGAAGUAGACAUAACAAGAGAUAUUUAUAGUAUACCUCCAAAAGUGACCUACAACAGCCAAGGUAUUCGAAUUGAUUCAGCUUUACCAAAAAGAAUUAAAAAUAAGUACACACAUAGACCAACAAAAACUUCUUCCGGAGAUUACACCUAUUAUGAAAAUGUAUAUUCAUCUAGUCGUGUUAAGCCAACUAAAACGGCAGCCCCUGCGCCAUUGUAUGUAUCACAAAACGACAAUGGGAAUCAAUUUAAGUCCGUAUCAACAUAUAGAUACAAAGAUGGCGUAAGUAGUAAAGCUCGUAACAAAAUACCCACAUACUUUGGUAAACCAACACCCGAUUAUCGUGUAAAAAAAACUUCUAAUGUUCCAUAUUCGGUGUCAUCAAAAAUAGUUCAUGAAUAUAAACCAACACAACAAUCAUACUCAGGUACUGCACCAGGUUCAAAUGGAUUAUCAGCUUAUGAAGAUCAAUUUGCAAAUUUUAAAGAUAGUUUUGUAAAUAACUAUGAAUACGACAAUUACGCCUCUUCAUCAAAUGUACACCAAGCUGAGGAAAAAAAUCACCAUCAUGCGUACGGUCAUCAAGGAAGGAAAGGCAGAAAGAAGUCAAUUUCAUCGCAAAACAUCAGAUUUGGAAAUCAAAAUGGAAAGUAUUCAGAAAAUUUUGCAAAUGAAAAUAUUUUAGUUGGUGACAACGAUGGUGCACCAUCCGCUCUUGAUGGUGAAAGCUAUGAUGAAGCAGUGAUAUAUGACAGUGCGACGUCAGCAUCAUUAACUGGAAAGGAAUCGUCCCCAUAUCAAUAUUACACAGUAAUGGCGGUAAAAUCGUUAGCCGAUGACCAAUUAACAGUUCCGGAAGCGUCGAAUAAUAAUUAUCAAUAUGCAGAAGCUCCAACACCUGCUAUUACGCCGAAUCCAACAGUUGUAACCACCACUACUUUAGCUUCAGAAUUAAUAGCUAAUCAAAAUAAUUUUGAAUUCACAACACGACCGACUGAAAUCAUUAAAGAACACAAAUAUAAUAAAAAAUAUCCAGAGAACAAUAUAAUCACGGUCACUAAUGCACCACCGUCGGAAAGACAUCGAGGUUUGAAAGAAAUGAAGAAUAGUGAUAACUUUCAUAAGAUCCGGUUACAAUCAAGCGAAAAGUACACAAACAAUAUAAUAUCUAGAACAUCUACAGAAAGAAGUCAAGUAAAGUAUGGUGAUAAAAUUUAG